AUGCAUGCAAGGGACCUAACCUUUUGUUUUGUCGCUGCCAGGACCAAAACCAUGCGGACACCUGACGUCUGGUCCGAUGCCAACUUUCAACCCCUGAAAGAAGAAGAAAAAAGUUCAUGUUGUUCCAAUACGUUUGGUCGAGUGCUCGUCGCACGCGAUGUGGCCGCAAGAUGGACAAACGCAGACGCUCGAGAUCAUUGCCGCCCAACGAGUAGUAACCGCCAAGGCCCCAGGACACGGCUCCGGAUCUCAACGGCGCCAUUCCAGCAUGUCCUCCUCCUAACUCAAACCCGCUAA